AUUAAUACGCUUUUAUUUUAUAGUACUAAUACUACAACGCAAGAUGAUCUGACUCCGACCGGUAAUUUGUCCACAUUCUCGCAGUCUGACAAAAUGCAUCAUGCCACUUCUGUUCAAGAGAACAGAAUAGCAAUGCAGAGUUUAGGUCGAUUAAGUUUGGCUGUUAAUGAAUUACCCGAUAACGAAGGUCGAGAGACUGUUAUUUCGCUGUUGGAUACCCUACAAGGUUCUGCUUUUUAUUCGGCCGAUUCGGGAGAUCGUCUCGAAAAACACAGAACUAGUAUCGCCGAUAUUUUGUCUCUUGAUCUUAACAAAACUCUUAAUCUAGCAUCUGAAGAAUCAUAUUCUACUUCUGCUGAAAUUAAAAAAACGAAUUCUGGUAACCUAGAUGAUUUUGAAUUUAAAGAAAUUCUUGAUGUUGAUACAAUGGCAGCAUCAAAUCUGCAUAUUCAAGAUAACGAAAUAAAAAAAGAUAAUUUACUUAAUGUCUGUGAUAAUGUUGCAGAAAAUGGAGGAAUGGGUUUUCGUGACACUUCCAGGUUAAGUUCUGCCAGCAUAUCGAGCACCAGUAGCAGUACUUGUAGUACAGAUAUAUGUGUGAAAAAUACAGUUUUGAAUUCAAAUGCAAUGACAAACGAAGACACAUCUCUCAGUUCCACUACUGUAGACAUUACUUCCUUUCAGAAUCGCAGGCAUGAUGGCUCUUCAGAAGCACCAUCAAUGGGAGCAAUUCCAAAAUCAAUAUCUUUUGAGAAAAGUACAAGUAGAUUAUCUAAGCUAAUUGAUUCAGAUGAGAAAAGUGGAGAAAAAAAUAGAAAGAGCUUCUUUAAGCUUUCAAAUUUUAAAUUUAAUUUUAAGGCAAAAAACAGGAAAUCUCAUUCGAUCGAAAGACAAGAUACAGUUCAGAAAAAUGAAACUGGUGAUGAAAUUUUGGCAAAAUAUAGAAAAAAACCAGCUGCUAACUUGGAAAGUAAUUCUAUUAGUCAUGGUGAUGUUGGAAUUAGUAAUUUUCCAGAUUCUAGUUUAUUAGAAGAUGAUUCAAAUUUAUAUGAUCCCUUAUUAAUGGAACACACAUUUUCUUUUAUUGAUGCCAAAAAGAAAUUGAGAUUAGUUUUUGGUUCUUCUGACAUGCAGACCGUACCUUGGUCGACUUCUUGGGGAAGGUCAUUUGGAGGAAGUAACCUCCCCCAAAAAAAUAAUGACUUAGUUGCUCUCUUGAACAUUCUCCUGGCAGAAGCUAUAAACUUGCAGCAGCGUCCUCUGAUGGCUCAUCUUCAUGAAGCACUUAGAUGUGUAAAGACUUUUGAUGAUGCUAGAAAUUUUUUUAGCCCCAUAUGGGCUGAGUGAAUUCAGUGCAAAAAAGUAGUUAUAAAUAUGCAGAAGGAUAGAAUGGGAGUAUUAAAUGACCAAAGUUUCUGAAUGAAAAAGAACUCUCAACAAAAUAUUUUGUUAUAGACACUAAAUGUGCUGCUCACUUACCAUAUAAAUUAACUCCAUAAAACAAAAGUUGGAGAAAAGUGACAAAGUAAUAUAUGUUCUUUUUUAAAAUUUCUUGUAAAAUAUAAAUUCAAAUAAACAUUGUAGAAUGUAUUAUUGUAGAGUGAGUUAAAUGUAGCUUUUAUCUAACAACAUAUAAAUGUAUAAGGUAGCAUAGAUAUCCUAUAAUCUUUAUUAUUAUGUUGGGUUUAGUGGGUUCUACUCGGUUUACACCGGUGGCUGUGUACUAUGCAGGAC